UCCAAUUUAGUUCGUGUUUUAAGCUAAAUCGAAGUAAAAAGUGGUUAAAUUAGAAGAUUACGCACGGGUGGAAGGACGUCGAUGCGUUUUGGAGCCAUGGAUGUACUUGCAGUCUAAGACGAAGGAUCAUUUUUCUCCUUAACCCUUUCUGCUCCGACUACAGCCAAACAAUUGAGACCAAGAUGAUGCGUCAGGUGACCACCGCAGACUUCUGCAUGAACAGCCGCCCCUCGUGUCUCGCCGAGGACCACCCGGCGCACUUUGACCUCUGCACCCAGGCCAGCAAGUUCUACCCCCCUCCUCCCCCCACCUCUCUGCAGAUGAGCCUGGCUCCCAUGGCCCUCCCCACGCAGAGCCCGCACAAGACUUUGGUGUGUCCCAGGCAGGAGCUCCUUAUGCCUGACCCCCUCAACCCGGGCAAGCUCACCUCUGUCAAAGGCAGCGAGCAGCCACCGGAUGACCCCAAAAAGAAGAGCAAGUCCACGGGCAAAUCGGGCCGUCGAGGGAGGCCGCUGGGCACCACCAAGCUGGCAGGGUACCGGACGAGCACCGGCAGGCCCCUGGGCACCACCCGAGCAGCGGGGUUUAAGACCAGUCCGGGCAGACCGCUGGGCACCACGCGAGCCGCAGGGUACAAGGUGAGUCCAGGGAGACCCCCAGGCAGCAUCAAGGGGCUGUCCCGACUCAACAAACUGUCUGCCUACAGCACGUCCUGCAGUGGAGCGGCAUUCCCUUACCCCCUCCCCCACCCCAAAGAUUUACUCUGUGAAGUCCCAGGACACAAGGAUCUGCUAUGCGACGUGUCCGCCCAUAAAGAUCUACUGUCCCCCCAUAAGGAUCUACUGUCCCCCCAUAAAGAUCUGCUCUGUGACGUCUCCCCUCAUAAAGAUCUGCUAUGUGACGUCCCGGGACAUAAGGACGUGCUGUGUGAAGUGUCCCCGCAGAAAGACGUGCUGUGUCAGGCGUCCUGUAAAGAGAAGGGUCCCGCGGAGUGA